GAGGAUUCAGCUAUGGCGUGCCACGUGCUGGCGGUGCCAUAUCCAGGAAGAGGACAUGUCAAUCCGAUGAUGAAUCUCUGCAAAAUUCUAGCUUCUCUAAGGGCACCUAAUGAGCAAGAGAUUCUUAUAACCUUUGUUGUCACAGAAGAGUGGCAAGGCUUAAUCGGCUCCGAUCAAACUAGGCUCAACAGCAUAACGAUCUCUACAAUUCCCAACGUACUCCCGUCAGAGCUAGUCCGUGGGUCCGACUUCCCUGGGUUUUAUGAGGCUGUGAUGACAAAAAUGGAAGCUCCCUUCGAAGUUCUGCUUCAAGAUCUUCAGACGCACGUGACAAUUAUUAUAGCUGAUGCCGAGCUCCAGUGGGCUGUUCCUCUUGCGAAUCGAUGGAAUAUUCCGGUGGCUACUCUAUGGACCAAUUCCGCAUCGGUGUUUUCCAUGUUCCUCCACUUUCAUCUCCUUCGCCAAAAUGAGCAUCUGGGAAUUAAUUUUUCAGAGCAUGGAGAAGAACGCGUGGAGAAUAUCCCUGGAGUUUCUUCAACAAGAAUAUCAGAUUUACCACUAUUUUCCACGGAAAUGACAACAAAGUAUUGCAGCUUGCCUUGCAAUGCAUAUCAAGAGUCAAGCAAGCGCAGUAUCUCCUUAUCAAUUCCAUCUACUGCCUCGAACCCCAAGCCAUAG